AUGGACUCUGAUUUGGAAAUUCAAAACAAGACACAGGUCGAACAUGUCGACAAGAUGGGGGACUCAGAUGUUCCUGAAUCUGUUUCCAACAGCGCUAACAUGCUGAGGUCAAGAUUCAAUAUUGGCCCAGACUCUGUUAGAAACCACGUGAUCGCAUUUAUGGGUGAGUUAUGCGGUACUUUCAUGUUCUUGUGGUGUGCCUAUGUUAUUGCUAACAUUGCUAACCAUGAUGUCUCUUUAAAGGACAGUCCACCACAUGGUUCUCACCCAGGUCAAUUGAUCAUGAUUGCCUUGGGUUUCGGUUUUUCCGUUAUGUUUUCUAUUUGGUGUUUCGUCGGUGUCUCCGGUGGUGCACUUAACCCAGCUGUCUCUCUAUCCUUAGCCUUGGCCAGAGCUAUCACCCCAACCAGAUGUGUUGUCAUGUGGAUUGCUCAAAUACUUGGUGGUAUGGCUGCUGGUGGUGCUGCUUCUGCUAUGACUCCAGGUCCAGUCAAGUUCGACAACGGUCUAGGGCUAGGCUGUUCUAGAACCAGAGGUUUGUUUUUGGAAAUGUUCGGUACCGCUAUUCUAUGUCUAACUGUCUUAAUGACUGCCGUUGAAAAGGGUGAAUCUAACUUUAUGUGUGCUCUUCCAAUUGGUAUUUCUCUAUUUAUCGGCCAUCUUGCCCUAACCGCCUACACUGGUACCGGUGUCAACCCAGCUAGAUCUUUUGGUGCUGCUCUAGCUAAGAGAUAUUUCCCACACUACCACUGGAUCUACUGGAUUGGUCCAUUAUUGGGUGCUAUCUUGGCUUGGUUUGUCUGGCAAGUUCUACAAUGGCUAGACUACGCUAACUAUGUUGCCAGAGAGAAGGAGGCCGCUGAAAAGGCCAAGACCCAUUAA